AAACAAGUCAGUGGUUUGUUUACGCUGUAGUCACGAUAAUUUCACGGCUAGUUUUCCGUCCAAUUUAACAAGGAAGAUGUGAUAAGUCGAUGUGAUUUCAGUAAAUUUGAGAACUAUAGCCUUCCAUAAACAUGUCUAUGCGAACAAAAAUUAACGGGUUUACGGCAUGGGUAAAUUUACGACUCAUGCCGCACAACCUGUUAUUAAACAAUGUCGUUAUGGAUCUGUUGACGGGUACAAACAUGAAAGUGCUGACAGAAAGUUUUACCGGCAAUGACAACAAGAAGAUACAGAGCUUUGAUGAUUUGACUCAACAACAAAAAAUAACUCGAGUUGAAUGGAUUGUGCAAGAACUUAAAGAAAGAGAAGUAAUUCCUAAAGAUGUAUUUAUUGACUGUCGAUUAUUUGCAAUGAGACAUGCUGAACAUAUAUUUGAUCUACUCUGGAAACUAAUAACUCAUGAUAUAUGGUUUUGUUGGGAGAGGUUGGAAUAUAUGUUGCAGACUGAUGACCGUUCUGUUACUGAAGUGCCUUUCAAGUGGGUACCAGAGCCACCACCAGUCAAGAAAAAAAAGAAAUUUAAGAAGUCAUCUUCAUUACUGUCAGGAUUUGGUUCCUCAUCAGUUGUCACAGAAUCUUUGCCCUCAACACCUGAGCCUGAGGCUGAUGACUAUGAGAAGUUUCCAGGAGCUGACAUCAUUAAGAAAUUCAAACCUCGUCGAAAAAAUUGGCAGCCACCUGAUGGUGAUGAGUGUAUUAUUGAGAUGAUUAAUUCUAUGUUGCAG